GUAACUUAAGAGGAGGAAACUUUGUUCAGUACGUCAGCGGUGCUGUGAUCGAGCUGUGUGCGCCUGUUUCUCAGAGUUAACGGGACUUUCAGCGGAGAGGAAGAUGCUGCUGUGGCUCGUACUGCAGGUCCUCGACAUACAUCAACGUUAUGAAACCACUUUGCCCAUUAUGAGAACCACUGGGAAAAUCCACCACAUACAGGUGAUUAGUGUUUUUUGUUGUGUGUGCUUGUGUCUCCUUCCAGUUUCCCAGCAUGCCCUGGCUGUGGUGGUGGAGGUGUAUGAGGGGGAAACAUCUGUCCUGUUGCCGUGCCAGGACACAGGUGUUACACUUAAGAACCGCACAGUGCUGUGGACUCGCAAUGAUCUCGACCCUAAAUCUGUCCACCUGAGACGAGAGGAAACCGAUGAUGUAACAGGACAAAACCAGCGUUACAGAGAGCGCACAUCAAUGAGGCCUGAUGCUCUGGACACUUUAGACUUCAGCCUCACUCUGAAAAACCCCCAACCAACAGACAGCGGCAUCUACACCUGCUCCAUCCUAAAUGAAAGGGAGGAACUAAAACUGACAGACAUACAGCUGCAUGUCAAAGAUCAGCAGGUGGAGGUGAAGGUGGAGGAAGGAUCAGACUCUGUCAUCCUGCUCUGCAAAACAAAACCUGACCUGCCUGAAAAGGCCACAGUGGAGUGGACUCGCCCCGACCGAGAACUCACUAUGGUCCAUUUGUAUGUAAACAGAAGUGACCGUCCUAAAAAUUUAGACAACCUUUACUGUGGUCGCGCAAAGAUGAACAAAGACCUGCUGAGAACUGGAGACCUCAGUCUGACCCUGGAAUACCCCACAGAGAGAGACAGUGGAGGAUACAUCUGCACCAUCUACAGGGACAAAGACAUCCUGAGACAGAAAGUAGUGCUGCAGGUCAAAGAACCGUUUCCAUCCUGGGCCACAGCUCUCCUGGUUUUCCUUGUUCUUCUUCUACUUGUUUCUGUCGGUCUUUUAUUUCAAUUCCGUCAUUAUUUGGUGUCAGUUAUUCCGGUGAAGGUGGAGGUGGAGGAGGGGGAAAAGUCUGUCCAGCUGCCCUUUAAAACCACGAAAUACCUGUCAGGGGAAAUUCAAGUGAUAUGGGAACGUUAUGAGCCGUUCCAGAAGGCUCACGUGUUUACAAACGGCCCAAACCAAUAUGAAGAACAGCACGAGGUUUACAAAGGCCGAACUGUGAUGAACAAAGACCUGCUGGAAACUGGAGACCUCAGUCUGACCCUGAAACAGCCCACAGAGAGAGACAGUGGAGAGUACAAGUGUUUGGUUUGGAGGAAGGGAAACUUCAUCAGAAAGAAAACUGUGCUGCUCAAAGUCAAAGGUCCAGGAUCAAACAGGGGACAUCAGGACCAGAAGCUGCUUCAGUGAUCUGACUCUGAGUUUUACCCUCAUCACUCUGCCUUUUUGUUCUUUUAGUGGUUUUAAUGUCACAGCGUGAUAAUACAAGAACACACGUUUCACUUUUAAGUCCAGUCAAAUCUUCAGUCUGUCUCUGCUGUGUGCACAGUCCUUCACUGUGUGUGAUCAGCUAUUGUUCGAUGUUCCAUGUUCCUCAUCUGUUUCUCACCAUCUUUACAGUCUGUGCUGUUUAACUUUUUAAACCAUCUUUGGGCUUUUCUGCACUUUAAUUAAACACUUUUAAA